GGCUAAACCCCGCCUCCAGAGAGGAGGAAGCUCCGCCUCCCUCCACAACACCCUCAUGAGAAACAGCAUCUUCCAGCUAAUGAUUCACACUCUCGAUCCUCUCAGCGACGGGAGGUUCAAGGAGAAGGCAUCAAUUCUACACAAGAUUGCAAGAAAAAAGGGACAAGAUGAGGCAAAUGGUGUUGUUGACAAGAAUCUUCCCAACAGCACUAAUGUGGAGGUUGAAGUCACUCCACCUAUGAAUGGCAGUGCUGGAGCUGAGGUGAUGUCGCAACACGACUAGAUCAUCUUGAUAUAUUCAAAUAUAUUGGAAUCCUUAAAAGGGUGGUUGAUU